AUGUCUCCAUCCGCCGAGAACGCAGCGUCGCAAUGGCUCGAGCAGCUGGCGGCGAUGCGUGCUGCGAUUGCCGAGCUGAAGUUGCCACAGACCAACGGCGAGGCCCAAGAGCCGGUGUAUGGAGACGAUCUCGACCUUGACGAUGACGAUCCGUCACCUGCGUCUGGCAGCGACGACAUAUGGGACUUGGUCAGCGAGGAUGAAGAGGACGACUACAGCGAAGAAAGCGCAGAGAUACCCGCCGCAACACAAGAGAAGGUCGAGGACGGGAACAGAGAAUGGCUGAGACGGCGCUGUGCAGCAGUGGCAAGCAGAGGUAGUGGGUUGGAUGCCAGCGGCCUCGAAGACCAGAUUGUCGCCGUCUUGGCGAGCGACAGCAGUGGCGAUGAGCUACAGAUGACUCUGGCAGACAUUCUCGGCUUUGACGAACUCGACCUGGUAGGCGACGUGAUCCACUACCGCAGAAAGAUCCUCUCCUCUCCUACCUCUCGUACUUCAGCCCCGUCUGGUAUCCUCUCCAAGGCCGAACGAGCAGCGAAGCUUCGUGAAGCAGAUCUCCAGCACAAAAGUGCAUCGCUGGCGCCGGCGCGGAACAGAAGCCAGGCAGAGUAUCCCCACGUCUAUCGAUCUCACGGUGCAGGCAACACGCGUUCUGCCCAUGCUUCGAAGUACUCUCUGCCUGUUGGCACUGAGCGCAUCGAGCGGGAGAAGUAUGAAGAGUACAGCAUCUCGGCUGCGGCUGUGGACACGCGAGCCAAGCAUCAGAAACUCGUGCAGAUCAGUGAGCUGGACGCUCUCUGCAAGAGGACGUUCAAAGGAUACAAGACGCUCAACCGCAUGCAGAGUCUGGUGUAUCAAGUAGCAUACCACACCAGUGAGAACAUGCUUGUCUGCGCUCCAACUGGUGCAGGUAAGACAGAUGCCGCCAUGCUCACGAUCUUGAAUACCGUCGCGAAGAACAUUCAUCCGAAUCCGAUCGAAGAGCCAGAAGCUGCAGAGUUCGCAGUGCAUACUGAAGAAUUCAAGAUCGUUUACGUUGCACCGAUGAAAGCGCUUGCAGCAGAGAUUACGGACAAGCUUGGGAAGAGGCUGGCAUGGCUUGGAAUACAAGUCCGCGAGUUGACGGGAGACAUGCAGCUCACGAAAGCAGAGAUCGUGCAGACGCAAAUCAUUGUCACCACACCAGAAAAGUGGGACGUGGUGACGCGCAAGUCGACUGGUGACACUGCGCUCGUGCAGAAAGUUCGACUGCUGAUCGUAGACGAAGUGCACAUGCUUCACGACGAGCGAGGCGCUGUCUUGGAAUCGCUCGUUGCAAGGACUGAGCGACAGGUCGAGAGCACCCAGUCUCUGAUUCGCAUUGUUGGCCUCAGUGCCACGCUGCCAAACUAUGUCGAUGUGGCCGACUUCUUGAAGGUCAAUCGCAUGGCUGGGCUAUUCUACUUCGACCAAUCGUUCCGUCCAGUACCACUCGAGCAACACUUCCUUGGUGUCAAGGGCAAAGCCGGUACCAAGACAAGUCGAGACAACAUCGAUAACACCGCGUUCGAAAAGGUUCGAGACAUGUUGGAGCGAGACCACCAGAUCAUGGUCUUCGUUCACAGUCGCAAAGAUACUGUCAAGACUGCCCGGCUGCUAUACGAGAAGGCUACCGAAGAAGGCUUGACAGACUUGUUCGACCCAAGUCACCAUGAAGGCUAUACACAAGCUUUGAAAGAUGUCAAACAAUCGAAGGGUCGCGGAAUCAGAGAAUUGGUGGCCAAGGGUAUGGGUACGCAUCACGCUGGUAUGCCGCGUUCGGACCGCAACAUGAUCGAACGCCUAUUCGCUGCAGGUGUACUGAAAGUGCUCUGCUGUACGGCGACCUUGGCUUGGGGUGUCAACUUGCCAGCUGCUGCGGUCAUCAUCAAGGGCACCCAGCUUUACAGUGCUGAGGCCGGUAAGUUUGUUGAUCUUGGCAUCCUUGAUGUGCUCCAGAUCUUUGGUCGUGCUGGUCGUCUACAGUAUCAGGAUACUGGUAUUGGCAUGAUCAUUACCUCGCAAGACAAGCUGCAGCACUACCUCAUGGCCGUCACUCAACAGCAGCCAAUCGAAUCGCAAUUCAGUAAGAAACUGGUCGACAACCUCAAUGCUGAGAUCGCAUUAGGCACGGUCACGAGUGUACCAGAAGCCGUGACAUGGCUCGGAUACUCAUAUCUCUUUGUGCGCAUGAAGAAGAACCCUAUCGCCUAUGGUAUCGAAUGGAUGGAGCUGCAGCACGACCCAAACUUGGUUCAACGGCGACGUGAUCUCAUCGUGAGAGCUGCGAAUGUACUCCAGCAAAGCCAGAUGAUCAUUUUCAACCCCACCACGGAGGAGUUGCGGUCAAAAGAUGUCGGUCGUAUCGCCAGCCAGUUCUACGUCCUGCAAACCAGCGUCGAAAUCUUCAACACGAUGAUGCGACCAAGAGCGACUGAAGCGGAUGUCCUGAAGAUGAUCAGCAUGAGCGGCGAGUUCGACAACAUUACUAGCCGCGAGACUGAAGAGAAGGAGCUGAUGCGACUGAAAGAUGAGGCCGCACCAUGUGACAUUGAGGGCGGCAUUGGUACACAGCACGGCAAGACCAACGUCUUGCUGCAAUCGUAUAUCAGCAAGGCCAACCUCGAGGACUUCACGCUAGUGUCCGAUACAGCGUACGUGGCCCAGAAUGCGGCUCGUAUCUGCAGAGCGUUGUUCAUGAUUGCGCUUAACAGGCGCUGGGGAUAUCAGUGCCUGGUACUGCUGAGUAUGUGCAAGAGCAUUGAGAAAAGAGUAUGGCCAUACGAACAUCCUUUUCACCAAUUCGACCUUCCACAGUCCGUCAUCCGCCAUCUUGAUGAGAAGGGUGGCACGGCAUCGAUCGAGACGUUGCGCGAGAUGGAGUCGGCAGAGAUUGGAAGCCUGGUGCAUAACCAGAAGAUGGGCAGCACGAUCGGCAAGUUACUCGAUAACUUCCCGACAGUUGCAGUCGAAGCUGAGAUCGCACCAUUGAACCGCGACGUGUUGCGUGUGAAGCUGUUCAUUACUCCAGAGUUUAGAUGGAAUGACCGUCAUCACGGCAAAAGCGAGAGUUACUGGAUCUGGGUCGAGAACUCCGAGACAAGCGAGAUCUACCACCACGAGUACUUCAUCUUGAGCCGCAGAAAGCUUUAUGAUGAUCAUGAGCUCAACUUCACGAUACCACUAUCCGACCCGCUGCCCAGCCAGAUCUAUGUACGAGCUGUCAGCGACCGUUGGCUCGGCGCAGAGACAGUCACUCCAGUGUCUUUCCAGCACUUGAUCCGACCAGACACUGAAAGUGUAUACACGGACUUGUUGAACCUCCAACCGCUUCCGAUCAAGGCGCUCAAGAAUUCUCUGCUCGAGGAGAUAUAUGGUCAGCGGUUCCAGUUCUUCAAUCCUAUGCAGACGCAACUGUUCCACUGCAUGUACCACACACCGGCGAAUGUGCUCCUCGGCUCCCCUACCGGAUCUGGCAAGACCAUCGCUUGUGAGCUUGCCAUGUGGUGGGCGUUCAGAGAGAAACCAGGCAGCAAAGUCGUGUACAUUGCACCCAUGAAAGCGCUUGUCCGCGAACGUGUUCAGGAUUGGAGCAAACGUCUCACCAGGCAGAUGGGUCUGAAGCUUGUCGAAUUGACUGGUGAUAACACACCAGACACGAGGACCAUCCGCGAUGCCGACAUCAUCGUCACGACACCCGAGAAGUGGGACGGUAUCAGUCGUAGCUGGCAGACCAGAAGCUAUGUCCAACAAGUCAGCCUCGUCAUCAUUGAUGAGAUUCAUCUUCUAGGUGGUGAUCGAGGUCCCAUUCUCGAGAUCAUUGUCAGUCGUAUGAACUACAUUGCUUCGCAGAAGAAGGGUUCUGUCAGACUUGUUGGCAUGUCCACGGCUUGCGCCAACGCCAUGGAUCUUGCCAACUGGCUCGGCGUCAAAGAGGGUCUGUUCAACUUCCGUCACUCGGUGCGUCCAGUACCGUUGGAGAUCUACAUAGAUGGCUUCCCGGAACAACGUGGAUUCUGUCCGUUGAUGCAAAGCAUGAAUCGACCUACGUUCUUGGCGAUCAAGUCGCACUCGCCUGAUAAGCCUGUCAUUGUCUUCGUUGCGUCCCGACGACAGACGAGAUUGACUGCAAGAGAUCUCAUCAACUUCUGCGGUAUGGAAGACAACCCAAGGCGCUUCGUGCACAUGUCAGAAGAUGACCUUGCGCUCAACCUGGACAGAGUCAAGGACGACGCGCUGAGAGAAGCGAUGAGCUUCGGCAUUGGUCUUCAUCAUGCUGGUCUCGGUGAGUCCGACAGGCAGCUCUCCGAGGAACUCUUCGCAAAUAACAAGAUCCAAAUCUUGGUCGCGACCAGUACCCUGGCUUGGGGUGUCAACUUGCCAGCUCAUCUAGUAGUUGUCAAAGGCACUCAGUUCUUCGACGCUAAGAUCGAGGGUUACAAGGACAUGGACUUGACAGAUGUGCUCCAGAUGCUUGGUCGUGCUGGAAGACCUCAGUUCGACACUUCCGGUAUCGCGCGUAUCUUCACGCAAGACUCGAAGAAAGCGUUCUACAAGCACUUCUUGCACACUGGCUUCCCGGUCGAAUCAUCUUUGCACAAUGUGUUGGACAACCAUUUGGGCGCCGAAGUGUCAGCUGGUACCAUUGCUACAAAGCAAGAUGCGCUCGACUACUUGACCUGGACGUUCUUCUUCCGCAGAUUGCACAAGAAUCCUUCAUACUAUGGUCUCGAGAUAUCUGCGGAGGAAAACAACACCAUCGCGGCACAGGAAGCGGCGAACGACUACAUGAUCGAGAUGGUCGAUAAGUCACUGUCAGAGCUGGCUGACUCGAAAUGUAUCUCGAUCAUGCCGAAUGGCGACGUGGACCCGACUCCACUUGGCAAGAUCAUGUCGUACUACUAUCUCGCCCACAAGACGAUCAGGACUUUGACCGAGUUCGCUAAGCCGACAGCCACGUUUGAGGACGUGCUGUCUUGGAUGUGUCGCGCGACAGAAUAUGAUGAGCUACCAGUUCGCCACAAUGAGGACCUCAUCAACGCUGAGCUUUCGAACAAUCUACCACUAAAGGCAGAUCGACUCGGCCUCGUCAUGUGGGAUCCUCACGUCAAGGCGCACCUUCUCCUGCAAGCUCACUUCUCGCGCAUUGACUUGCCCAUCAGCGAUUACGUGGGUGACCAGAACUCCGUCUUGGAUCAAGCCAUCCGUAUUCUCCAAGCCAGUAUCGAUGUGCUCACCGAGCUGGGCUAUCUGCAGAGUUGCAAGAUGAUGAUGACACUGCUUCAGUGUGUGAAGUCGGCCAGAUGGCCGGACGAUGGACCAUUGUCAACCUUCAACGGUGUCCCGCCCGAGAAGGAGAAGAAGCGCAUUGCAGAAGGCAAUAGUAAGCCACAAACACUGAUUGAAGCCACGACAGCGCCCAAGUCCACGAUCGAGGAGGCCCUGAAGAAGGUCGGCUUGCCGAAUCCAUCUCAUGGCAGGGUCUUCAAAGCCUUGGGUCAAUUGCCACAACUCCGCGUUACCGUGACGGAUGUCAAUGCUGUCGGUCUCGCUGUCAAUCUCUCCCGCACGAACCAACUCGAGAACCGCGACCACCGCAUCUACGCUCCACGAUAUCCCAAGCCGCAGACUGAAGGUUACUUUGUCCUCAUUUCGGAUGCUGCCACCGGUGACAUUCUGGGUCUCAAGCGAGUCAGCUGGCCGUCUGCAGACAAAGUGAAGGGUGCUAACACCAGCAGACCAUCGACCAGAGCCACGAUGAAGCUGCCCAACUCUGACAAGGAGAGGAAGGUCCAGGUCGCGGUCGUCAGUGAUAGCUACAUUGGCAUGGAGUGGACGACUGAGGACGUGGAGAUUCCAGCUACACCUCAGGUCAUGGAUGAUGGGUUGAAGAAGGGUGGUGAUGGCAGUGGUGCUAUGACUUUGCCACCGGAUACAGUGGCGCAUAAGUAG